UUGAGCCUGCUGUUUAGGUCUCAGAGGGGCCCCCAGUGGCCUCAUCAGCUCCACUUCAGGCUCAGGGCCAAGCCAAGACUGAAGUUCUGGACAGGUUAUAGGCAGUGCCGGGUGUUGGCUGUGUGCCUGGCUCCCGCCCAAGAUAAAGGGACCAGCUGUGGGACAGGAACUGUUGUGCCCAGGCCAGAGAAUUAAUACUUGUGCAAGUGGCGCAGGAACAAACUCCCAGCCACCUGGGCUCUGAAGACGCAUAGAAUUCAAGGCCCCCACCUUGGGUCCCUGAGCUACCCCCAUGCAGAGCGUUUUUUUCUCGAGGCGCCAGCCGAUACUGUCGCUGCUGUUGCUGCUGUUGAGGCGAAUCUGGGCCCAGGAACCUGCUGGAACUGCCCCCUCGACACCCCCGGUGGUCCCCGAAUGCCCCGAGGCGUGCACAUGUACACCGGGCGGCAUGAUCAACUGCUCUGCACUUGCACUGCCUGCGGUACCCGCAGGCCUGAGCUGGAGGAUACGCGUGCUGCUGCUAGAUCACAACCGCAUGAGCACACUGCCGCCAGGAGCCUUCGCUGGGGCGGGAGCACUGCUGUGCUUGGACCUGCGAGAGAACCGGCUCCAGUCGGUGCACGCACGAGCUUUCUGGGGUCUCGGAAUGCUGCAGUCGCUCGACCUGAGUGCCAACCAGCUGGAAGCGCUAUCUCCGGGCACCUUCGCACCGCUGCGCGCGCUGCGGUCCCUCUCCCUAGCCGGUAACCGGUUGGCACUCCUGGAGCCUUCGGCUCUGGGCGCGCUGCCGCUAUUGCGCGCACUCAGCCUGCAGGACAACUCGCUGUCGGCGCUCGCGCCAGACUUACUGGAUGGCCUGCCUGCUCUCGACAUGUUGAGCUUGCGUGGCAACCCCUGGGCGUGCGGCUGCGCGCUGCGUCCGCUGUGCAGCUGGCUGCGCAAGCACCCACGUCCUGCAUCAGAAACCGAGACCCUGCUCUGCGUGUCUCCAAGACACCAGACUCUCAGCCUCCUGACAGCCUUUCCGGACGCCGCCUUCAGGCACUGCGCUCAACCGCUGACAGUGCGAGACCUGGCGGUGGUCUAUGCGCUCGGGCCCGUCUCAUUCCUCGCUAGUCUGGCCACCUGCCUGGCUCUGGGCUCGGUGCUCACAGCCUGUGGUGCGCGCCGCCGCCGGCUCCGCAGCGCGGUGCGCCGCUUACCAAGGAGACCACCAGACCCCGAGACCCCAGCAUCCCUGGCUGAUCCUGGGAGCCCCGCAGCUGCACCUACUCAAGCCUAAGCCGGCUGCGGUGAUCCUCGGCGCCCCGGCUGUACUCCGCGCUCUCGAAACUCCCCAAAUCCCUGGUCCUCCCUUCAC